CUUAUCUUUAUAUAAAACGGCAUUUCUUUUAAAGCGUACACCGGGUAUUGUUUUGCCGCACAUGUACCCAUGAAAUAGUUCUUUGAUCUAUGAAAAUCUAAGAAAACAGGUGUGUUUAGAAAUCUUGACAAAGAAAUGUACGUGAAAAGUGGAUUCAUGCGUGACACUACGGUGGCAAUGUUAUACGCACUUCGUAUUUGUGGUAUGGCGCCUAUUUCAAUAGUUCCCAUAAAACAUGGCUACCAAUUUCGCGUUUUACGAUCAUAUGCAUUUUGUAGCUGUAUCCUGAUUUUAUUAUUCAUGAUAACGCACGCAUUUUCAUAUAUUAGCAACACCUCAGAUCUUAACCGCCUCAACAAAAAUAAUACGAUCAAUGCUAUAACGAUUUUGUGGAUUACUGAGGUCUUAACAUCUGUCGUCAUCACUAUCGUUGCGUCACUUAAUGGUUAUCGAAGAAUGAAAAAGUUUAUAGAACAUUUGAAAUCUGUUGAUAAGACUAGUGCAAAAAUAAAGAUACCUCGUCAUAAUGGAUGGUUAUACAAAAUUACUAUUAUCUUGGUCAUACUUACAAGAAUUUUUUUGGAUGCGAGUUACGUAUACAUUGUGGUAGAUAACUUUGGGCUUCAAAGCCGUCUUCUGUACAUCUACGCUAGUGCAGCUAUUAAAUAUAUUUCUAUAUGUUUAUUGCAAAUGCAUAUUUACAUAAGUUACCUUGAGCUCUCAUUAAAAAUCGGAUAUAUAAAAGAUGAAUUACAGGAUCUUGUGGAUAAUCGGUUAUGUGAUGAUUCUACGCUUUCGUUUUACACAAAUUCAGUGAAUGCAAAAGUAAAAAUCCUACAUGAUCUGAUGGACAGUAUCAAAACAACAUUUUUGAAACUAAAUAAGCAUUUUGAAAUCAUCUUCUUUUUCAUUUUAGUAAACAUAUUAGUUAGAAUAACUUUAUCUUUUUAUGGUAUAUUAUAUAUUAUUCAAAAUGGUGAGUGA